GCUUUCUUGGCAUCUGUCAACGAAAGAGGUUAUUACAAGCAAAAAUUAUUUGCAGCGAAGACGUUUAAGGAGCAAAACGAAAAAACCUUAAUAAAAAUGCUAGGGACAUUUACUAAAGUGGCCACAGCCUGCGCGCGGAUCGGCCUGAAGAUUGGCCAGGCUAAGGGUGCUCCUGGGGGAACCCAGAUGGGUAAUUUUGCCCACCUUCCAAAGCAUGCCCGUUUCUUACACGCAUCCUCAUCGCUUUGGGAUGACAAGGAUAAAGACAAAGCCAGCGAUGAGUGCGAGCCUGAGCCGAAGGACGUCUGCAAGACGGACGCCGAGCUGGUCAAGAACAAGGAUGAAUGUGAGGUUAAGGAGAAGGAUGAGUGUGAGGUUAAGCCGAAGGACGAGUGUGAGGAUGAGAAGUCGGGCAGCGGAGGCAAGGUUCUGGAGAGCAAGGGUCGCAAGGGAGUGAUCCAUGCUGUCAUCGGUCCCGUCAUCGAUGUGUACUUUGAGGAGGAAGUUCCCGAGGUGCUCAAUGCCCUCAAGGUGCAGGAUGCUCCUAUUGAAAACUUGGUGCUGGAGGUAUUCCACCACCUUGGCAACAACAUCGUGCGCUGCGUGGCCAUGGACUCCACCGAGGGACUCCGGCGUGGUCAGCCGGUCAUCGACACCGGCUAUCCCAUCCGUGUGGCGGUGGGCAAGGCCGUCCUGGGCCGUAUCCUCAACGUCGUGGGCGAUCCCAUCGAUGAUCGCGGCGAGAUCAAGUCGGAUUACUACUCCUUCAUCCACAACGAAGCCCCGGAGCUGACCGAUCUGAGCGUAAAGCCUGAGAUCCUGGUCACUGGCAUCAAGGUGAUCGAUCUGCUGGCUCCCUACGUGAAGGGCGGCAAGAUCGGUCUGUUUGGAGGAGCCGGCGUGGGCAAGACGGUGCUCAUCAUGGAGCUGAUCAACAACAUAGCCAAAUCCCAUGGCGGUUACUCCGUGUUUGUGGGCGCUGGAGAGCGGACACGUGAGGGUAAUGACUUGUACCACGAGAUGAUAGAGUCCAAGGUUAUUUCCACGGAGGAUGAUUCCUCGAAGGUGGUGCUGGUCUUUGGCCAGAUGAACGAGCCCCCAGGUGCUCGUUCCCGCGUGGUCCUCACCGGCUUGACCAUCGCCGAGUAUUUCCGCGAUGUUGACGGCCAGGAUGUGCUGCUCUUUAUUGAUAACAUUUUCCGAUUCACCCAGGCGGGAUCGGAGGUGUCGGCCCUGCUCGGACGCAUUCCCUCGGCUGUGGGCUAUCAGCCGACACUGGGAACCGACAUGGGCACCAUGCAGGAGCGGAUCACCAGCACCCGCAACGGUUCCAUCACAUCCGUCCAGGCUGUCUACGUGCCCGCCGAUGAUCUCAGUGAUCCCGCUCCGGCGGCUACCUUUUCGCAUUUGGAUGCCACCACCGUCCUUUCUCGCCCCAUUGCCGAGUUGGGCAUUUAUCCGGCUGUGGAUCCCUUGGACUCGUCGUCCCGCAUCCUCGAUCCGGACGUUGUGGGCGAAGAGCACUACAAUGUGGCCCGUGCGGUUCAGAAGACUCUUCAGGCCUACAAGUCGCUGCAGGACAUCAUCGCCAUCCUGGGCAUGGACGAGUUGUCAGAGGACGAUAAGUUAACGGUGGCCAGGGCCCGCAAGAUGCAGCGCUUCCUCUCGCAGCCUUUCCAAGUGGCUGAGAUCUUCACCGGACACCCGGGCAAGUUGGUGCCCGUGGAGAAGUGUGUGGAGGGCUUCAAGAGGCUGUUGAAUGGGGACUACGACGACAUACCGGAGAUAGCCUUCUACAUGGUCGGGGAUGCGGAGGAGGUACUGGCCAAGGCCACCCAACUGGCCGCCAGUAUGUCUGGGGAUGCUCCUCCACCGCCGAAGGCUGAGGACGGCAAGGAGAAGGAGGGUGAGGCUAAGAAGGAGGGUGAUGCUAAGAAGGAUGAUGAGGACAAAAAGGAGGCCAAGCCGGAAGAAGCCAAGAAGGAAGAGUCCAAGGAUGACAAGUCGAAGGAUCCGGAAAAGAAGGACAAGUAAUUUCGCCAUGGGAAACAUUAGUAAACGCCUAAUUAUAGAUUUGUUUUACUAAGUACAUACAAAAAUAUUACGUUUGUAAUUUUAUAAUCGGAAAAGGAACAUAUUCCCAAUAAACCCUAUUUAAACUAAAAA